AUGAUGAGAAUACGAGGACCUACGUCCUACAAGGCCCGCAUUAUUGCUCUAGCUUCUAUCGCAAUUGUGUACGUCCUUUACGUCACGUUUCCAGGUCUUGGAAGCACGAGCUUUAAUGGCACCCCAUCUGGACAAAAGGGCUUCUCUUGGUUCGGGAGUGGCAAACCAAAAUGGCCACGGAACACGGUCCAAUAUUCAUUCAAGGAGAAUGGGAUUGUCGCUGAGGAUAAGGAGAAGGCAGAAAAAGUAAGAAGAGCCAUGCAAAGGACCUUUUGGAAAUAUAAAGUGGGGGCUUGGGGCCGAGAUGAGAUCAAACCAGUGUCAGGGAGUGGUCGUACAACGAGGAAUGGAUGGGCCGCUACAAUUGUAGAUACAUUAACGACAACGGCUUUGAUGGGCUUGGAGGAAGAAUUUAGGCUUGAAUUGAACUUCACCAUCAAAGGAAUCGAUUUCAAUGACGCCUUAGGGCUAGUCGAUCCAUUUGAGACAACCAUCCGUUAUCUUGGUGCGCUUGUAUCGACUGUCGACCUUAUAGAUGCUGGUGUACUUUCUAAAGGCCUCGUCUCUCAAUACGACCGGCAUGAUGUGCUAUCACAAGCUGUAUCCUUGGCCACUAAGCUUGCCCCCGGAUUUGAUUCUCCCACGGGGAUGAUAUGGCCUAGAAUUAACUUCACUACGAACCAAGGUUGCAGAGAACAUUUAAAUCAAAGACCAAUUCCUGGGUUUGCCCAUGCAACUAUUGGGCCCGCCCGAGCUGGAAGCAAUUGGCUAGAGAAUAAAGUUCUUAGCAAGUUGACUGGAAAGAUAGAGUAUGAGUUGAAUGCUACUCGAGCAUGGAAGCCUUUGGUAUGGAACAGAUAUAUUGAAGAAUGGCCGGGCUUGAUAGACUCACCUAUUGAUAUCGUCACCGGUGCCCCUGUGGACCGUCACAGAAGUUGGGGAGCGGGACAUGAUUCCUAUUAUGAGUACCUUAUCAAAGCCCAUAUACUAGCUCCACAUGAUCCAAAUACAUCAAAGUACAGAGACCGAUGGAUACAGGCCGUUGAGUCAACUAUGAAAAACCUCGUGUCGUGGUCGGCCCCAGCAGAGGGUAAAAAGAGCAAAUUAUUUCUUUCCCAAUGGAAGAAUGGGUGGCUCUUGAACGAAAUGGGACAUCUCGCAUGUUUUGCAGGUGGGAAUUUCUUACUAGGGGGUAAAUAUCUGGGCAGAGAGGAUAUAAUCCAAUUUGGUCUUGAUGUUAUCGAUGCGUGCCACGAAACAUAUGUCGGCAGUACCACUCGAAUAGGCCCGGAGUACUUCUCGUGGAUACCCGCAGAUACAGCUCCCAAUGCGACUUAUGAACCGCAGUACGAAACUCAAUAUAAGCAACUGAAGAGCUUGGGAUACUGGGUCACAGAUGCCAAAUGGGUGCUUCGUCCAGAAACGGUGGAGUCUUACUUUUACGCCUAUCGAAUCACAGGCAAUAAGUUGUACCAAGAAUGGGCAUGGGAUGCGUUCAACGCAUUUAACAAGGCUGCGGAAGUAGAAUUUGGAUAUGCGGAAGUCAAAGAUGUUACUAAACCCGCGGGUCCAGACAAUAUCAUUGAUAAGGCGGAGAGUUUCUGGGGAGCCGAGACAUUGAAGUACUACCCCUCACUGUUUUCCGCUCCGGCCUACUUCAGCCGCAGAAAAAGACUAACCCUAUUGAUGGCACAUUAG